AUGAACCGCGGUUCUAUUGGAAAAGACGAUGUUGAAAUCGUCGAUCAAAGUUCUCAUCUUGAACAUAUUUCCAAGCCUUCUCUGGUUACUCAGGUUGGAGGCUUCCGUGUCGUCGGGUUGACUGCCGACGAUGCAGAUUUCUAUAACAAUUAUCCGGAGGACAAACGGAAAAAGGUCUUCCAUAAGGUCGAUAAGCGUUUAAUCCCCAUGCUCGCAGUGCUAUAUCUGAUGUGUCACAUUGAUCGUGCGAACAUCGGCAAUGCGAAAAUUGAAGGCAUGGUUCAGGAUCUAAAAAUGACUGGAUUGCAGUAUAAUACUGUUCUUUCUAUAUUCUUCAUUCCCUAUGUCCUGUUUGAAGUUCCUAGUAACAUCAUCCUCAAAAAGUUCAAGCGCCCUUCAGCGUACCUUGGACUUCUUGUCUUGACAUGGGGUAUCAUCAUGACAUGCACAGGUCUGGUUAAAAACUACGCUGGUCUUAUGGCCACUCGAGUCCUACUCGGCGUCUUUGAGGCCGGAUUCUUCCCUGGUGCUAUUUAUCUUUGCUCCUACUGGUAUAUGCCUAAAGAAUUGGCACUUCGCAUCUCAUACUUCUACUGUGCCAGUGCCCUCUCCGGUGCUUUCUCCGGCCUGUUGGCUGCCGCUAUUGCCAAGAUGGACGGUACUGCUGGGCUUGAGGGAUGGCGGUGGAUAUUCAUCUUGGAAGGCCUUGCUAGUGUGGCACUAGGUAUUGCCUGUUUCUUCCUCCUCAUCGACACCCCAGCUUUAUCCAAGCGCUGGUUAUCCCCCGAAGAAAUUCGCUACCUGGAGCUUUCGAUGUUCAUCAAGCAAGGAGGAACUAGUACUGGGGAGGCGGGAUUCAAGUGGAGAGACCUCAAGGUGGUCCUAUUGAAUUGGAGGAUAUACGUGCAAGCCUACCUUUUGUUUUGCCAGUCGGCUUUGUCUUAUGGUACCAAGUUCACCCUCCCGACAAUCACCAAAGCCAUGGGCUUCAGCUCUACCAAUGCCCAGCUCACCUCUGCCCCUCCAUAUAUUGCCGGCGCGAUAUCUGCUAUUGUGUUUGCCCGGUUAUCCGAUCGCUUCUAUUGGCGAAUGCCAUUUGUCUGUAUCCCCAUGAUAAUUGUUGUGGUCGCUUAUUCUAUAAUCAUGUCCCUGAACGGAGCGCUUGAAGAAAAGAAAGGCGUGGCCUAUUUUGCAGUCGUCUUAUCUGUCAUAGGUAUUUACCCCAUCCAGCCCGGAGCUGCGUCUUGGAAUGCAAACAACAUUGCACCAGCUUCUCGACGGGCUAUGGGUAUCGCACUCGUGAACUGUGUCGGCAACAUCGGUGGUAUACUCGGCAGCUUCAUGUAUAUCGAGAAAGAGAGUCCGAAGUACACGACUGGGUUUGGCCUCAGUUUGGCACUCGGUGGGGCUGGAUUCUUUGUUGCUUUGUUCCUCGAAUGGACAUACAAGAUGGGUAAUGCAAGGAAGGAAAGGAUUGCUGAUGAUGCGAGGGUUAACUACACCGAGGAGCAGUUGUUCGAUAUGGGAGACAAGUCGCCGCUGUUUAAUCUUCUGUUAAGCCAUCAUCUCCAAAAUUCCCCCUUUCUCGUCAACAUCAACUCACUUGAGGAUACCGUUCAAAGACAUAUCCAUCCAGCUACUGCCAUCAUGACCAAUGAUACGUCAACAAUCACAUCUGCGGCUCAGCCCACUGAAGCUGCCCCCGCGACUCCUUACUACGGGAUGUAUGGUCACUACUGGAAGUCAACCAGGGACAUUCCACCCACCAGAUGGCUUCAGGAGACCAAGAAGCUUUGCGGUUGUGAAGACCAUCAGGCAAGCCAAUGGCCGAUGGAACACGCAAUCAUUACCAUUCCUCCCUGCGCCUACAAGUGCCCCUACUGCCCAAAGUUCGAUGACCGCGAGACCACCGUCGCUCAGGUGGUGAAGCUCCGUGCUCAUAUGAAACGCGACCAUCUAAAGAAAAGACCGGAUGAAUUCAUUGGGCUCUCUGUCACCCCAGGAAGAGUGACGAAGCCUCGCGUGCCCAAGCCAUGA